CAGAUUAUCGACAUCUUUCCAGUAUCUUUGAACAAACUUACAAAGCGACACAGCAAACUCGGAAGACUAAUCGUCAGUCGGCAGGAGAGCUUAUUCCCCUCGCCCCCAUCACCUUUCCCAAGCGGUGGUGGAUAUGAUAUUUGAUGAGCAACGCCCAGAAGCAGCCCCGGCGCAGCGAGGCCCAGCUCCGGGUAGCUUCGGGAAUGGCGGAGCCCCGCUUCGUUUGCCUCUGUCGUCCUGGCCUGGAGUCACUGCAGGCGAAUGUGUACGCCGACUGGCAAAGCGGGUGCGGUCGACCUGGGAGAACGAAGGUGGGCAGCAAUUUGCGGGCCCAACAGCGACGUCGACUGCCGUGAACUCCGCGGAAUUGCGACAGCGGUGGGCCGUUCCUAGCCCUGCGCGCUCGUUUUGCGCCGGACUUCCGCCUCGAGCAGUCGGUGACGGGUCCACGACUCUCGUUGGCGCCCUAGCAUUUCGGGCCAACUCCGCGCCCGCGGCUGAGCUGGAGGCAUUGGCGCCAGCGACACCGCCGACCGGCUGCUCGCACAGCCUUAAAUCAGAGAUAUCGCCGCCCAGCUCGCCGCCGCGGGUCCAGGACGCGGGGCUCGGUAUCGGUGCCUUCGUUGCUGCAGCUAGGUCGGUCUCGGCUCCCGCCUCGCUUCUUCCGCCAGCGCAGACUCUGCGAGCCGCGGCUGCUGCGACUGUUAUCAACAACAACAGCGGCUCUCAGGGCCUGCUUAGCGCGGUGCUGGGUCGGGCCAGCACGGGUCAAGCCUGCCGCUGCAGCAGCGGGACGGGCAACGUAAGCGGCAGCCCCGCCCUCGCCUCCGCGGCCGCUACAACGCCAACAGCAGCAGCAGCAACGGCGCCGGCACCGCCUCCCACGGCUUCGCCAGCGCCAGCCCCCGACCCACAUCACCAGCUGGCGCCGGCAGGCGCGUGCGAGUCGGACAGCGAAGAGGCCGCACCCACGGCGACGGACGCGGUAGCGGCGCAGGCGGGGCAGCAGCAGGAGCGAAAGCCGACGGACGCGGGUGCCGCGGCGGCCGGUGCCGUGACGGCUGGUGCAGACGCAGGUGCCGCCGAGGCCUGCGGCUACUACAGCAGCGAUAGCGGCGAGCCGAACUGUGGGCUGCUGGUGAGUGUGGUGGUGGGCGAUUCGGACCCCCACACGGACUCCCACACGGACCCACACGCAGAGCGCGGCUGGCAGCAGGAGGAGGGGGCAGCACCAGCACCAGCAGCGUUACACGCACACGCACACGCCGGCGGCUUCGGGCUAGCUGAGGCAGGCAACCUGCAGCAGUGCGAGCAGCAGCAGCAGCAACAGCCGCUGUCGCACGAGCACGAGCAUGAGCUGCCGCUGGUGCCGUGGGACAUUCACAUGGAGGAGGGAAGCCCGCAGCCGCUGACGCUGAUGACAGCCGCUGCUUCGGAGGCAGCGGCCUCGGCUGCAGACGCCAAGCACCGUCACCACCCUCACCACCACCAACCCCACAGGCCGCUGCAUCACCACAUCCACGUCCAGCAACUGCAUCACGUGCACCACCCACACCCACACGCAUACCACCCCCUGCACCCGCACGCCCACCACCCGCACCACGAACACCCGCCGCAGCCGCAGCCGCAGCCGCAUGGCGCGUGCAGCCACGGCGCCGCGCAGGCACCGCACGCCGCAGGCUCUUACACCUCCGCAACCGCAGCCACAGCAAGCACAGCAGCAGAAGCAGCAACGGCGGCGGCGAUCAGUGCUGACGAGGCGGCAGCCGGGCGCGGUGGCUGCAGCUCCCCGCUGGCGCCCUACGACAUCUCCCGCAACGCGCUGUGGCGCGCCAGCGCGGCGCCGCGCGGCCGCCCGCCGCUGCCGCACCGCCUGCGGCCGGGCCUGCGGCACGCGCCGCUGCUCUCCUACGGCUCGGCUGUCUCAGACGACUACCUGGAGCAGAUAGCAGGCCAGGUGGCGGCUGGCGGCGGCGGCGGCGGCGGCGGCGGCGGCGGGAGCGGGGAGGAAGAGUGGGUGGCGGCGCCGCCUUGUGCGAUGCGGUCGCAGUGCGGCAAGGCCGCGCCGUUCGGGCAGGCGCUGGACCUGCAACAGCCUCUGCAAUUGGGGGCCGGGGCCGGGGCUGGGGCGUGCGGGCUGCCGCAGCAGCUGCAGGCCGGGCCGCUGGGCGGGCCGCCGUCAGGAAUUGACAGCGGCAGCAGUAGCGGCACUGGUGGUGUGGGGUCGCCGACGCCGUCGCCGGCGACGUCGCUGCUGGAUGCAGCGGCGCUCAGUUGGGGCGGCGCGGCCUGGGCGCGCAAGGCCAGUCCCUUCGCGCAGAUGGCGGCGGAGGCGGCGUCAGCCGACGGCGUGCUCACGCCACUCGCGCGGCCCGGCAGCCCAGACCCAGUUGCUGUGGCGGCUGCUACAGCCGCUGCUGCGGCUGCAGCUGCGGCUACAGCCUGUGGCGAGGUGAUGGACGAUGAUGAGCUGGAUUCCUACUACCUGCACACGCUGUGCGGGGGGGUGGAUCCGCUGGCGGCCUUCAUGUCGCAGGAGCUGCCGCCCGACUGCUGUGGCGAUGACAGCGGAGGGAGCGGCGGCGGCGACGGCGGCGAAGGCGCGAGUGGCGUCGUUGUAGACGCGGUGCUUGACACCGCGGCGGCGCAGGUGGAGGCGCAGGCAGAGGAUGUGGAGGCGCAGGUGGAGGCGCAGGUGGAGGAGGAAGAGGCGUGCGACACUCCGCCGACGCCGCCUCCCUCGCCGCGGUCGCCGAGAGAGGCCGAGGCCGCGACUGACGUGACGCAGGAGCGCCAGCAGCAGUGGGAGCAGUGGGAGUGGCAGGAGGAGCGGCAGGAGGAGCGGCAGCGUGCGGCGGCGGCGGCGGCGGCGACGGCGCACGAGCACCAGGAUCAGCACCAGCUGCCGCCGCCGACCGGCAUGCAGCCGCACCCUGUUGCCGCACUGCUGUUGCGGGCGGACACACCCGCGUUGCCGCUGGCCUUCCCACUGCCGGAGCCGAGGCCGCUGCCCAAGCCGUCGCCACCCGAGUCGUCGUCAUCGUUGCCGCCGCCGCCGCCGGCCUCGGUCGGGGUCUGCGGCCACGUGGCGGCGCCGCCCCACGCGGCAGAGGCGCCAGUGGUGCAGCUGGCGGUUGCGGCGUACGAGCCCGAGCAGGACGAGGAGUCGAUGCUGUUUGAGCUGGACCUGGCCCCGGCGGUGGCAGCAACGGAGCCGGCAGCGACGGAGUCGGCGGCGGUCAAGGCUCAGGCCGUGGAGGAGCCGGCCGUGGAGCCGGCGGCUGGGAUGUUGGGCACGGCAAUGGUCCAUGUCGGCAGCGGCCGUGCCGCCAUGGGUGAUGAUGGCUGCGGCAGCGGCAGCCCCAUGCAAUGCGACUCGCCGCUGCCCUCACCGCUGCCGCCGGCCGCGGUUGGCGAAACGGCGGCCGGUGCGGCGGCCGUGGGCGGCGUGACAGCGACUGCGGAGGACAAUGAGUUGCCGGCGGCGACCGCGCACGCGGCUGCUGCUACUGCUGCUACUUAUGAUGCUGAUGCUUCUGCUGGUGCUGCUGAGCGCAGCUACAGCUCUGAGGAGCUUCCGUUUGGUCUGUCACCACUAAACUCGCCGCCAGGCACACCGGCUGGCCGCCGCACCGCCGCCACAGCAGCCCUGCCGCUGCACACGCACACGAGCCACCAGCACCACAGCCAGCACCACUCUGGGCAUGUCGGACACGCGCCGCACCACCCGCCGCGCUGGCCGCAGCCGCACCCACACCACCCCCAGCACCCCCAGCACUACCAGCCUCAGGUCGGCUACCACGCCCACCUCCAGCACCACCCCAGCCAGGAGCAGCUGCAGGCGCAGGCGCAGGCGCAGGGGCAGCACUUGCUACAGCUACAGCAGCUGCAGCUGCAGCACACCACGGCGCAGCUGCCUUCGCACUGGCAGCACCUGCUGCAAUGCCCCCACUACGACGAGGAUGCCAGCCUCCCUGAAACGGUGGCCGCAACAGCAGCUACAGCCGCGGCAGGCGGCACGGCUGUAGCAGCGGCAGGCGGCACGGCUGUAGCAGAGGCAGGCGGCACGGCUGUAGCAGAGGCGCCCCCACCGGUGGUGGUGCUGUGCUCCUGCUGCGACUAUCACGUCUCGGAGCUCCACCCCGCCUCCGAGCGCAGUUUGCGCCGGCAGAUGGAGAGCGCCGGCCUGGAGCUGCCGCCGCCGCCGCCCGCCGCGCCCCACCACCACCACUACGACCAGCUACUGCGGCUGCGGGCGGGUGCAUGCGCAGGCGAGUUGGACGGCGCUGCGGCGUCGCUGCUGGCACACGAGGGCGCGGAGCUGGCGCCGCCAGCGGGCGCUGUUGGGGCGGCUGCAGCAGACGUGACCGGCAAGUCGGCUGGUAGCGCAGCUGCUGCUGCUGCUGCUGCUAUUGGCGAGUAUUCGCCGCAGCAGCAGCAGCAGCAGCAGCAGCAGCUGGUGUUGUGUCUGGACCGCGUGGCGAGCUGCGCGCACUGCGGCGUGGCAGGCGAGGUGCGCGGGCUGUUGGGCCAGGUGGUGUGGAACAACUGCUUCUCUGAGGGGGAAGAGGAGGAGGAGGAGGAGGUGGAGCAGGAGGAGCAGGCGGCGGCACAUGCGCUGAUGGACGAAGGCGCCGGCAUCUAAGAGAGCCGGAGUUGGGAGUCGCAUGCGCGAAUGUUGUGCUGCGUGCGUGUGCUCUGUUAAGCUUGGUUGCAUGUAUAAUAGGGCAUGAGAAGAAACUUAACACGUACUACUUGCCUUCCUUUGGGUGCAAGUGAAUGUACAUAGAGCAAAGCUGUGGAUCGGCACAUUACUUAGUCCCCGCACUUUCAUCAACGUGCUCCUGCUGCUUCUUAUCCUUCAUUAUGCCGUUUUAGAGUGCCAUGCAUCGUCAGUCCCUGGCCUGGGAGCUUGAGGAGACCAGCAGUAGGGCGGGCUUGCUGUGUCGGGGGCACGCUGUGCAUGGGAACGGGUGCCGGAGUUACGCACGAAUGUAGCGAGCGGUGCAUAAGCCACGUGGCAUGCGGCGGCAUGUGGUAACGGUAGGUGAAUUGGAUGGUCUGGCUUGCGUGCAACAGGGCUAGCUAUUGAUGAAUACAUGGACGACGCAAGGCGAUGCAAGGCAUGCAGCAUAAGCACGAUACAAGCACUGGGCGGCGGAGUCACACGCGGGCGCUGACGGAAUGGAGCGGCGGAGUGCGGGGCUGUAUCUGUGGUGGAAUCUACGCAUGCUAGGUGGCUAGGUGCGCGGUGGGAAUAAAAACAGGUGCAGUGUGCUUCCGCAAAGGGACCAAAAUAAGGUAGCUGCUCUUUAGUACAGGAGCUGUAUAUGAUAGGCGGUGUAAUAACAGUAGCAGUUAAGGGGCAAAACGUACAUACUGUGUGUCUGCUGCACAUGCUGGUGGUUCGAUCGGCAGCGUGUGCCAAUUUGGCUUACACUGAACAGGUGCAAACGAUGUCAUAAAUGAUGCGAUUGUGUGUCGUGUGGGUAUCGUGUGCAGGUCUUAAUGGAGGGGGACCCAAGUAAAAGUGCAUUACAGAGGUGUGUUGCGUGUUAAGACGCAAACGUUAGUGUAGCAUAAACGGCGUGUGCCGGAACACGUGCUUUGAAAGUCCUUUGGAUGUAGUAAACCCGUAAUUCUUUGUCAUUCGAGUUUGUUGGCAAAUCGCCGAAAGAAUGUUCGUGUGGGGGUGGAUUGCUCAUGUGACGUGAAGGUGACACGGGGCCUGCGCUUACGAAGAGUCGCAGACGCGGACUGUGAGGGGAUGGCGGCCGUGUGGCCGUCCAGCAGAUCACUGUGUCAGUGUGUGGGACUGGGGACUGGGGAGCAAGGCGCGGGAGCAAGGUGACUUGGAUGCUUCAUCGUGCGGGUACACACGCAUGCGCACAGGGUGCGGCGGGGAGGACGGGCAGGUUGCGUCCGAGCAGCAAGUGGAGUUUCGGUCAGUCUUCCGUGCGAGGUGUGGGAGGUUUGCGUGCGAGGCACGUGCGUGGAAUUUAUGGGGGGGAAGUGUGUGUGUGUGUGUGUGUGUGUGUGUGUGUGUGUGUGUGUGUGUGUGUGUGUGUGUGUGUGUGUGUGUGUGUGUGUGUGUGUGUGUGUGUGUGUGUGUGUGUGUGUGUGUGUGUGUGUGUGUGUGGGUGAUAUGAGGCGGCCGAUGUGGCCAAGGCAUUGUGGCUGCUGCAUUGCAAUGCGAGGCGAGUGGUUGGCUAGUCGCAGUGGGGUUGCCGUGUGGAAGGUUUGUCGAGCUUGAUGGACAUCCAUUCGGCCUGCUGCAGUUCGAUGCGGGUUGACAACUAACGCAGAUUGAGGUCAGCAAUGCAGUAGCAGCGUGCAAAGGCACGUGCGGCGAGGUUGGUCUGUGGUGAAGCUGUAAUACACUGUUGUC